AUGUCUGUGAGGGACUUACCAAUAGCAGAAUUACGACAAGAAAGAAGAUGGAUAUUUUUCUUGGGCGAUUUCGCGAUUCUGAAAGAAUUCUUCGCGCAGAAGAAAGGCUUUUGGCACAUAGGCCGAUUAUUUGAUGCCCUGCUGCGCGGAUUCGGACAGACCGUUUUUUCAAAUAAUCCUCUCAGCGGGUUGCUGAUAAUAGCUACCUUGGCUGUGAUAGCACCAGGUACGUUGGCGUUGUCGGCGAUCGCUGGCGUCCUUGGCCUCCUAGUGUCCGUGCUCCUACAAGAGCCCCAGGAUAAUGUGGAAAACGGAUUAUCCGUGUUGAACCCUCUGCUAGUCGGUGUGGUAUCGUGCGUUAUGAUACCGCGGUUUUACGGCGCCUUCGAUGCUUUUAGUUUGCUGCAUUUGCUGGUGGCGGUGAUAAUCAGUGUUUAUCUCGCACGAUCCCUGGGAAGCGAUAAAUUCUCAUGCACUGCGUGGCCGUUUAACCUGGUGGAGUUCGCGUUGAUUUUCGCCCUUUCGGCGCAGAAUGGAACGGGCGUGGUAACCAGAUCCGUGGAGCCGAUGUUUGAGAUGCACAAUGCAACAAGUGAGACGACGACAACGGACGACGUUGGUUUCUACACGAGGAAUGCGACCAACAUCGACUGGGGAAUGGUAUUACAAGGUAGUGUUGUCUCCUUGUCACAACUGUACGGCAUGGAAAACAUAGUUGUUGGAUCCGUCAUGUACCUAGCAAUGUUACUAUAUUCGCCGACGACAGUCGCAUUUUCGUUUCUCGGUGCUCUCGGCGGGACUCUCAUAGGUUUGGAGCUCGGAGCAGACCACAACGAAGUCUACAGUGGAUUCUGGGGCUACAAUAGUCUCUUGACUGGGGCUGCUUUGGGGGGGAAUCUGUUGGUGCUGAAUGCUCAUACUGCCGCUGCCACCAUACUGGCAAUCAUUUACACCGCGCUCCUGCAGUUUUCUAUAAAAAUGAUAUUUAUAAAUACGCAGUUACCGAUAUUGACAUUACCGUUCGUGAUAGCAGUUUCGAUGUUCUUAAAACUAAGCAAUGGCAAGGAGGAUCCAAUGUUUCCAUGGCCGGUAUCGAUCUCUUCUCCCGAGAAACAACGUUAUGAUUAUCUCGCCCGGCGUGCGGCAAUCCGAGAAGAAGAUACUUCAGAAGAAGUUGAGGUCGUUGUUCAGAACGAGAAGAAACCAACUUCGUCGAAUAAUUAAUGGCUUGUUUCUGAAAGUAAUAUAUAAUUAAAGUAUUGCGUAAUAGAUGAUAAUGUUCAACGUUUCGUAUCGUCUUAAUCAUGUAAAAUGAUUUAUACCUUUUUAAAUAUUUAUACAGUUUUUAAAUAUUUAUACA